UUUAGCAUGCUUAGAACGGUCACACUACACAACCUUGAAGCAAACAAAUUGCGAUUCCAGCUAAAAUAAACAAAUUUAUUGAUAAAUAACCGUAAAGGGGAGCCCCGAUUACCUGCGCAGUAGCGGCAUUUGAUGAGCGCCAACGUGAAGAACCUCAAGAUGGGCCACUUUGGCGGCGGUGGUGGCGGCAUUGCCAGUGGUACAGGGAGUACUGCCAGCUUUGGUAUUUCGGUGGCGUCUGGAGGAGCUGGGAAACUGCCCACAAAUGGAUCAUCUGGCGGGAAAUCGGCCCCUGCUACUAUUGCAUCGGACGUUGAUGUAUUUGCCACACCAGGCGGUGUCGUUAUACCCAUUAUACGCACCAAAGAUGUGCCCAAAUUGUUGCCCACAAUAUCAUCAGCCUUGCAGCGACCAGCUGAUGGACAUUUGGCCGCCGAAGAUCUCGAUGCUGUGCAGUUGGAGCUGGAGCAGAUGCUCUCUAAUGUGGCACUACGUGCAAGGGUCCUAAAGGCGGAGUACGACAGCCUGGACAAGGAUGAAAAGCGCCAGGAUCGGAGGAAAGUUGAUCGGAUACCCGGUUCUCCACCCUGCACCAACAAUAUGCUCAACGGCCUGCUGGGUAUGGGCGGUAAUUCCUCCUCGGGAGUGGGUAGCCCCUCGGGAGGCACCUCGUCGGGUAAUGCGAAGCGAAAAAGGGAGGAACCCACGGGUGUAAGGAAAAAGCACUCAUCGAUGACGAUCCUCAAGCAACAGGGCGCCGUUUCCAGCUCCUCCUCGACCAAGCAUCAGGCCAAAAACAGUCCCAUGACCGUGCACACGGACGAUAGCAUGGACUACCUCCCGACUAUUGCUGGCGGAGCCGCCGCCACCGCCUCAAACCCCUCGACCCUGCCGCACCACCAGCCGCAAACUCAAUUGCCGAAAAUGUCAGUGCCGAAGAACGAUACACCGAACAAGUUUUGGCUCUCCGUGGAGCCGUACUGCAUGCCACUAACCAACGAGGAUCUGCGCCUCAUCGACGACCUGUUGGAGCAGUACAAGGGGCCUCUGGUGCCGCCAGUUCCCACACUCGGGCCGCAUUAUUCCACAGUCUGGGCCCAGGAGGAUAUGAAGGCACUGCAGCCGGGCGGGGCUCGCAUCAAGUCGAACAAUGUCAGCGGAAUGCUGAAAAAGGCCGAGGGCAUGGUGGAGGAGAGUAUCACUGGGCCACUGACCCAACGACUGGUCUCGGCGCUGAUGGAGGAGUCCCUGAUGACGCUGCCCAGCGAACAGGCGGCUGUGGGGGAGCACAGCAACAGCACCACGAGCAGCAGCAACGAGAACACCCACUCGUCCUCAUCCAACGCCCAAGCUGCUGCCGCAUCCGGUAACUUCCGAUCACUGGCCAUGCUGAAGCAUGGCGUCGGGAUCGAGCAGCGCUUGAAGAAGGAAUUGCUGGAGACGGGACUUAUCGAUGCCAACGAAUUCGCUGCCCACGACGACGUGGACGAAGUGCUCAUGGAGAUCAAACGAGUCACCGCUGAGAUCAGCAGCGUUUCCCAGUUCAACAGCGAGGAACUGAAGAGGUUGCGCGCCGCUGCCAGCGAGGAAAUAAAACGAAUCGAAAUUAAACGAAAACUGGACACCGUGGAUCAGGAGAUCCUGGAAUGCUACAAACGAAUGCUACAGUAUCGGGCCAAGCGCAAGGGUCACACGAUCGAGGAGAAGCAGGAGAUCCUGCGCCUGACCAACGAACAACGCCUGCUGGCCGACCAGCUGGAGCGGAUGAACAUCCACCUGUCGCCAGCGUCGGGCGGUGGUGGUAAUGGUGGUACUGCCGGCAGCUCGUCGGCCGGCAUUCUCGAUUCAAAAAUGUAGGACAGGAGCCUGGCCUGGGGCUGGUGCCAGCUGAUGGCCAUGCAUCGGGCAAGGAGCCAGGAUCGGGAUGCCACACUGCAAUUGCAGUGCGUCUGAACGAUCCUCGGCUACCGUUUCAUAUCUCUCUCCAUCCUCUAGGACGAUCGACUGUAAAUUAACGAAAAAUGGAUUCCAAAAAAUGGAUUUUCAAGGAAUCCCCUGAGUCGCGCGGAAAGUAGUCAUUGGACAUUUUGAAAUCCAAUAGCUGUGAAAUCCAAUUUUUUUUUUAUUUUUUAUUUGAAAGGUUUUCUUUUCGUUGUUAUUUGUCUUAACUUUUAUUUUUACAAAAAAAAGGUUUGAUAUUUUUUAUUUCAUUUUAUUUUUAAGUCGAAAAGAUGAAGGUUUCUCUAUUGAAAUCUUUACUAUAAUAUUAGUAUGAAGUUAUAUACUUAAGUUGAAAGUGUUUUUUUUUUUCUUUAAAUAUCUCGUAUUAUGUUUUUCUUUUAAAAACCUUA